AUGCACUCCAACGCCUUGCUGACGGUGGAUGACUGCUUCGACAUGGGAAAGACUGCGUACAACGAAGCAGACUAUUACCACGCAGUGCUGUGGUUGCAGCAGGCCUUGAAGCAGCUGGACACUGGGGAGGAAGCUGUGGUUUCCAAGGCAGACAUUCUGGAUUACCUCAGCUACUCAGUUUACCAAAUGGGAGACCUACCUCGGGCCAUUGAGCUGACACGCCGGCUCGUGGCUAUUGACUCCAGCCACCAGAGGGCAGGAGGGAACCUCCGUUAUUUUGAGCGGCUACUCUCCAAGCAGCCUCAGCGAGAUGAACCAGAAUACCAGCCGGCCUCUGAGGAGCCCAUCCAGCUGGGAACAUAUAGCCGACCUAAAGACCACCUCCCAGAGAGAGAGGCCUAUGAGGCUCUCUGCAGAGGAGAGGGGCUCCAGAUGAAUGAAGCGAGGCGCAGCCGUUUGUUCUGUCGCUACCAGGAUGGUUACAGGAACCCUCAUCUCCUACUGAAGCCAAUGAAAGAGGAAGAUGAGUGGGACAGCCCUCACAUCGUACGCUACCUGGACUUCCUAUCACACGAAGAGAUUGAGAAGAUUAAAGCGCUGGCUAAACCCAGGCUUGCCAGAGCGACUGUUCGUGACCCAAAAACAGGAGUCCUGACCACAGCCAACUACAGAGUAUCAAAAAGUGCAUGGUUGGAAGCUGAGGAUGACCCGGUCAUUGACAGAGUCAACCAGAGAAUACAAGACCUCACAGGCCUGACAGUAGACACUGCCGAGUUAUUACAGGUAGCUAAUUAUGGAGUUGGAGGACAGUACGAGCCACAUUAUGACUUUUCAAGGGUGAGUUCACGUUAUGACUGUUACUAUGAUUAAGUUACUAAGUGUGGGAGCAAAAAAAAAAAACAUAACUCAAUUUGACAUGUUUUGUUUAAUAUAUUGCCAGAGAACACAAAACCCAAACUAUUUCUCAAGUGGCUUCAAGCAGUCAUGCUUGUUAGGAUUAACCCCCCUCCUUGAACUGUUAAACAUGGAAAAUAGAAGUAAUUAAUCUCCCAGAGGACUAAGAUCCAGAUCCAAGCAUCUGGAAUGAGGCAGAAAUAUCCCAGCAAGAGCGAGAACGAUCUCGCAGAUCUGCUGAUGGUCCAGCACAGAGAAGUCUGAGAUGAAAAGGAAGAUGGAAGAGUAAAGAGAACAGUUCACAGCUUGAACAUGCAGUACUUUUCAGAAAGUCAUCAGCAUUCUCAUUGGCAGGAAAAGCAUACACAAUAAACAAUAUGAAUUUUGUUUUUAUAGCACUAAUACUGACUCCCUGGAAGGAUAAUGGUUAACAGUUACAGAGCUUGAGCUCAUUUUAGAAUAGGCCACACUGGCAAUCCCUACCUUGCCUAAGCCCGCUUCACCCCUAAAGUCCAGGGGUCUCAUUUAUAACCGUUGCGU